AUGUAUCACUACUCACAGUCACAUCCGCCUCUCCAACACCAGCACCAGCACCAGCAGCAACAUAAAUACCCGCAGCAGUCCCACCAACACCAGCCUCCGCCACCCACACACCUCAACCACCCACCCCACCAUCCCCACCACCUCCACCAGCCGCCCUACGCGCAACAGCAGCAACCACAACAGCAGCAGCAGCAGCAGCAGCAGCAGCAGCAGCAGCAGCAGCAGCAGCAGACCACAGCAGCAGCAGCAGCAGCAGCAGCACACCAGCAGCCUCCUUCGUUCGGCGGCGCUCUGCCUCCAAGACCCAUGCGCAGCUCCGCCAUCCCCAUCGUCGCACCAGCCUCAUCCACUCCACCGCCCCAGUCCAAGCCCAACAAUCCCUACGACACUUCGGACACCGGCGCAUCGCAGCCCGAUUCGUCCAAAUCGCCCGUAGGCGCCAAUGCCAUCGCAACCGCUCGCAAGCCCUGCCGCAACAUCGCCAUCUACGGCCACUGCAAGUACCAGAACGACGGAUGCCCCUUCGACCACAACUCCGCCUCCACACAACCCAACCCCAGAUCCCCCGCCUUCUCCGCAGCCUCGGCAGCUUCCUCCGCAAACUCGCCCAACAAGUCCAGAGGCGCCCCAUCCAAUAUGCCCUCCAGCCCGCUCAAGGGCGCGCUCAGCGCUCGCAACGUUGCUGCCGCCGUAUUCGUACCCAAGACCAUCGGAAGCUCCUCCCCCUCCAUCUCCGCCGCCGCCACCGCCGCGCCUGGGCCCCGCACCGCCCUCGACAACGUCGCGGCCGACGUAAACGACAUGCGCAUCGACUCGCCCAACACCAGGGAAUUCACCCCAAACGCAUUCCACCACAAUGGUCCCUCGACGCCCAACAUGUACCACACCUCUUCCUACGACGCAGACACCAGCGCCUUCGACCCAACCAACUCCGCUUCCGCGCCAACCCUCACCCACGACUCCCACAUGGGCACGCCCGCCGCCAACAACGCACAACAGCCGCGCGCCUACAACCCAUACGAGCACAUGAACGAGUUUGGCGACCCCGCCCCUCCCCAGGCACCACCCGGCCUCGCACUCGCCGGAGGCAUCGACUACUACUCGGCCGCCGCCAACGGCGCCGCCAAGAUCCGCCAACCGCUCCACUACCACCUCUACGCUCCGCCCCUCCCGCACGUCUCCAACCUCCACCCGCACCACCUCACCGCCAACGCCUUCUUCCUCAACCCCAACCAGCGCGAGGAGCUCCAACGCAAACAGGAGGCCAUGCUCGCAAGCGUGCCACCGCCCGAACUCGGCGGUCCCAACCUGCCCGAGGAGCUGCACGUCUACCACUCGCUCGUCCCGCUCGAGCAUCCCGGCCCCGGCGCCCCUUCCUCCAUGGGCCUGCCGCCCGGCCUCAUCGACCCGCGCAUGGGCGCUCCCGGUGCCAACGGCGCUACGGGCGCUUCGGGCGACCACAGCAAGGUGUUUGGAUACCGCAGCCACUCGUACAAGGCCACGUGCACGCUCGACGGCAAGCGCUACGUCCUGCGCCGCCUCGAGGGAUUCCGUCUGCAGCACGAGGCGGCCAUCGGCCUCGUGGAGCGCUGGCGUCGCAUCCGUCAUCCGAGCAUCGUCAGCGUGCGCGAGGCCUUCACCACGCGCGCCUUUGGCGACCAGUCGAUCGUGUUUGUGUACGACUACCAUCCGCUCGCCACCACGCUCUACGCCGAGCACAUGACCAUCAAGGCGGCGCAGCCCGAUCGCCGUACGGGAAGGCUGCAGCCCGUGUCGAUGCAGGUGCCCGAGCGCACGCUGUGGAGCUACCUCUGCCAGCUCACCUCGGCGCUGCGCAACAUCCACGCCAGCAACCUCGCUGCGCGCUGCAUCGAGGCGAGCAAGGUGCUGCGCACCGCCAAAAACCGCGUGCGCAUCAACUGCUGCUCGGUGUUUGACGUGAUCGCCUUUAACCCGGACGAGACGCCAUCCGAGGCGCUCCAGGCGCAGCAGCUCGACGAUCUUGUCAAUUUGGGCGCGCUCAUCGUCGGCCUCGGCCUCAACAGCGUCUCGGCGACCAACGACAUUGCGUCGAGCCUCGCCAUCUUUGGCGGACGCUACUCGGCCGAGCUCAAGAAUGUGGUGGCGUGGCUGGUGGGUCAGGCGUCGUCGCCGCACGACGGCGGCGCUGCCGACGAUCCAGCCGCCGAGGUGGCACGCAGCGUGGGCGAGCUGGUCAAGGUGCUCGGAACGCACUGUGCCGACGAGAUGGAUUCGGCGCUCAACUAUACGGAUCUCAUGGAGAACUCGCUGAUGAAGGAGCUGGAAAAUGGGCGGCUGGUGCGGCUGCUGUGCAAGUUUGGAUUCAUCAACGAGCGGCCCGAGUUUGACCACGAUCCACGCUGGGCCGAGACGGGCGAUCGGUAUGUGAUCAAGCUGUUCCGCGAUCACGUCUUCCACGCCGUCGACGAGGCCGGCCGACCCGUGGUGGAUCUGAGCCACAUCCUCACCAACCUCAACAAGCUCGACGCGGGAACCGACGAAAAGAUCAUGCUCACCUCGCGCGACGAACACAGCUGCCUCGUCGUCAGCUACCGCGAAAUCAAGAACUGCAUCGAGGCCGCCUUCCAGGAUCUCUCCCGAACGCGUUAG